AUGGAAAAAUCUCUGCAGACUAAAAUUGAUAAUCUUGAUGCAUAGCUUCACUAGGUUGAUCCUAACUAUGACUUUAACUACGAUGCUCAAUUUAAAGUCAUUGUGAUUGGAGACUCUGGUGUGGGAAAGUCCUGCAUUGUUCAGAGAUUGACAUAAGAUAUGUUCAAGGAUGAUCAUUAGAUCACUAUCGGAGUUGAAUUCGGAGCAUUUGUGAUGAAGAUUGAGGGCAAGAUCAUUAAGCUUAUGAUAUGGGACACUGCUGGCUAAGAGCAAUUUAGAUCAAUCACAAAGCUUUUCUAUAAGAACUCUGACGCUGCAAUCAUUGUUUACGAUGUUUCAAGGAGAGAAAGCUUUGAUGAUGUUUAGACCUGGCAAAAUGAGAUUGAAAACAACACAGAUGAGAGUGUCUUGUAAUACCUAGUGGGCAACAGAGUAGACUUAGAGGACUCUAGAGAGAUAUCUCAUCAGGAGGGAAGCAGUCUUGCAAAAGAUAAAAGAUUUGGAAACUUUUUCGAGACGUCAGCAAAGACCGGGUAAAACAUUAGAGAACUGUUUAUUUAAGUAACGAAGCAUCUAUAUCUAAAGAAUAAGGACAGGCUAGACAGAUUUGUAAUAUUCUUAUUGAGUUUCAUUGAGAUAUAGAGAGAAAAGGACGAGACCGAUAACAGCAUGAACUAUCGCAGCUAAAGCAUCGCGCUAUCGUAAAUAAAUAAAAAAGACAGUGACAAGAAGAAAAAGAAGAAGGGGUGUUGCUGA